GCUCCUGGCACACCCUUGCAGAGGUGGCUGGUUGCUCUUUGAGGCAGCUUGUCCUUGCCCAGCAUACACAAGCCUCAGUACAACAACUGUGCUACAAAUGGAGCCACACAGAGGAAAUGAGCAGGAGGCUCAGGAGCAGGGUGUUCACUGCCUUUGGGGCUCUAGUCCAUGCCUCUGAGCUUAUAUGGCACUGCAGGCUUGUUGGUUGCAAAGAGGCAGACCACAGGCCGUCUUGAGGAGGACUUUAUGUUCAAGUGCAGAAAAAAGGAUUACCACCCAGGGGACUCACCCUUCUGUGGCCUUGGCCAGACUUAGAAUUUGGCCCCAGGCAGGACAAGCUCACUCAGAGCAGCAUGUCAGUAGCUGGGGCCUGUGCAUGCCAGGCAAGGCCAAGCUGGCUCAAAGAGCAAGCAGCCACCUCUGCAAGCAUGCUCCUGAUGCAGUUGGACCAGCCUUUAACCUCACCCACUCAAAGAAGCAUGGAUGGCCAGGUUCCAACAGCCUGAAUGGCUACCACCUGAUGGCUGAUGGAGCAGAGUCCUGAGGAAAAGCAGAUGGCACUGCUUUGUAAUGCCCUUCUUUGUCUCUUUUGAUCUUUUCCAUUUAAAGUCUGUUUUAUCAGAGACUAGGAUUGCAACCCCUGCUUUUUUUUUUUUUUUUUUUUUUUGCUUUUCAUUUGCUUGGUAAAUAUUCCUCUAUCCCUUUAUUUUGAGCCUGUGUGUGUCUUUGCAUGUGAGAUGGGUCUCCUGAACACAGCACACCAAUGGGUCUUGAGUCUUUUUCCAACUUGCCAGUCUGUGUCUUUUUACUGGGGCAUUUAGCCCAGUUACAUUUAAGGUUAAUAUUGUUACAUGUGAAAUUUAUCCUGUCAUGAUGUUGUUAGCUGUUUAUUUUUUCCAUUAGUUAAUGCAGUUUCUUUAUAGUGUCGAUGGUCGUUACAAUUUGGUAUGUUUUUGCAGUGGCUCAUACUGUUUGUCCCUUUCCAUGUUUAGUGCUUCCUUCAGGAGCUCUUGAAAGGCAAGAAUGUGGAUUUAUUUCUUGUAAGGCAAAUACGUGGAUUUAUAUCUGGGUGCUGUAUUCUAUGGCCUCUACCCCAAGAGUCAUUACUUUUAAAAAUGCAAUUCAAAUUAGCAUAAAACAUUUACAGCCUAGGGAAAGGCUUAUGACAUUAGAAUCCUUAUUUAUAGGAUUAUUUUGUGUUUCUUUGAGAUAUGGUCUCUGUCUGUCAUCCAGGCAGAAGUGGAGUGGCUUGGUCAUAAUUCACUGCAGCCCUGAACUCUGAGUCCAAGCCAUCCUUGUGCCUUAGUCUCCCAACUAGUUGGAUCUACAAGCAUAAGUCACCAUGCCUGGCUAAUUAAAAAAAAAAAAAUUUUUGUCGAGAUUAUGUUAUCACUAUGUUGCUCUGGCUGGUUUCAAAUUCCUGGCCUCAAGUAAUCUUUCUGCCACAGCCUCCUAUAGUGCUGGGAUUACAGGCAUGAGCCACCAUGCCUAGCAUAGAGUAUUACAUUAUUUUCAAAGUCUUAUUCUAAGAGCCAUUUAUUGACUUUGGCCUAAAUAACUCAAUAUUAUAUCUCUGAAACAUUUUUUGACAAAUUUUGGGGCAUGAUGAUGAGAGAAAGGAGUUUGAAACUUUCUAAUAAGAGUUAACGUAGAGCCAUUUAAGGAGGAACAGACACAAAUUAUCAGAAAAAUAAAAGAAAGAUCAAGUGCAAAAGUUCUGUGGCAAAGAUGAUGAUAGUAAAGAAUAUAUCUGACUUAUGGUGGCUUUUACUUUGUUCUUGAAUUUCUGAGUAAUUUAAGGGUUAACAUUUAAAGAAUCUACAUUAUAGAUAACAUUUUAUUGCAAGUAAAUGUAUUUCAAAAUUUGUUAUUGGUUUUGUAUGAGAUUAUUCUCAGCCUACUUCAUUUUCAAGCUAUAUUAUUUUAUUAAUGUAGUUUGAUGAUCUUACAGCAGAGCUGGAAGCUGUAUCUUCAAAACAUGUCUGUUUGACUCAAAACAAUCAAGGUAUUCAACAGGAGUUGUUAUGUAUGAAAAAUACAACAGGGAUGUAAAAAACUAGAGGAGGCUAAAAAGAUGUUGGAAGAAGUAAUAUUAAAUCUUAAAAAACGUAUGGAAAGUACACAUUGGUGAAGACACAUUGGUGAAGUACAAAAAUAUAAAUUGGAUCUAGAAGAAAGGGCAAUGCAGGCAAUGGAAAAAUUAGUACAAAUCCCUUUACAGGUUAGUUUGUAAAAUCAGGUAAGUUUAUUUAUAAUGUGCUUUCAUUUAUUUCACUGCAAAUUAUAUUUUGGAGAUAUAUAUAUAUAUGGAUAUAUAUAUAUAAAUAUAUAUAUAUCGUGUUUCCUCUGCCUCUCUUAUAGUAAUUUGCCUUGUAGAGUUCUAGCAAAGAGGUGGCAUCUGUUUUUACUUUUAUAUGUUUAAAUUUCCAUCAUUAUAACAAAAUCGAUUUUUUACAGUAAUGAUUCUCAGUGUGGAGUCAUUUAAUUAUUAAGACCCAUUGACAUGAGAUUACAUCCUCUGCCUAUAAAAAUCCUGGAAGAAAACCUAGGAAAUAUUCAUCUGGACAUUGCACUUGGCAAUGAAUUUAUGGAUAGAAAAUGCAGUUGAAAGAUAUUUCAUAAAGGAAGAAAAGUAUGAAUACAGCUUUAACCGUUUAUUUUGGUGGAGUCUUUAAGAUUUUUUCUACCUUGAGUGCGCCAGGCGCGGGAAGCCUAGGACCUGGAACGAGAGCCGCCUACCUGCAGCCGCCGGCCAUGGCACGGCAGCCACCAUGGCGCUCCUGCUGCGCUUCGUGCUCCUGUGCGGAGUCGCGGAUUUCAUCAGAGGUUGGAGUAUCACUACUCCUGAGCAGAUGAUUGAAAAAACCAAAGGGGAAACUGCCUAUCUGCCAUGCAAAUUUACGCUUAGUCCUGAAGACCAGGGACCACUGGACAUCGAGUGGCUGAUAUCACCAGCUGAUAAUCAGAAGGUGGAUCAAGUGAUUAUUUUAUAUUCUGGAGACAAAAUUUAUGAUGACUACUAUCCAGAUCUGAAAGGCCGAGUACAUUUUAAGAGUAAUGAUCUCAAAUCUGGUGAUGCAUCAAUAAAUGUAACGAAUUUUCAGCUGUCAGAUAUUGGCACAGAUCAGUGCAAAGUGAAAAGAGCUCCUGGUGUUGCAAAUAGGAAGAUUCAGCUGGUAGUUCUUGGUAAGCCUUCAGGUACAAGAUGUUACGUUGAUGGAUCAGAAGAAAUUGGAAGUGACUUUAAAUUAAAAUGUGAACCAAAAGAAGGUUCACUUCCAUUACAGUAUGAGUGGCAAAAAUUGUCUGACUCACAGAAAAUGCCCACUUUAUGGUUAGCAGAAAUGACUUCAUCUGUUAUAUGUAAAAAUGCUUCUUCUGAGUACUCUGGGACAUACAGCUGUAUCAGAAACAGAGUGGGCUCUGAUCAGUGCCUGUUGCGUGUAAACGUUGUCCCUCCUUCAAAUAAAGCUGGACUAAUUGCAGGAGCCAUUAUAGGAACUUUGCUUGCUCUAGUGCUCAUUGGUCUUAUCAUCUUUUGCUGUCGUAAAAAGCGCAGAGAAGAAAAAUAUGAAAAGGAAGUUCAUCACGAUAUCAAGGAAGAUGUGCCGCCUCCAAAGAGCCGUACGUCCACUGCCAGAAGCUACAUAGGCAGUAAUCAUUCAUCCCUGGGAUCCAUAUCUCCUUCCAACAUGGAAGGAUAUUCCAAGACUCAGUAUAAACGAGUACCAAGUGAAGACUUUGAACGCACUCCUCAGAGUCCGACUCUCCCACCUGCUAAGGUAGCUGCCCCUAAUCGAAGUCGAAUGGGCGCAAUUCCUGUGAUGAUUCCCGCACAGAGCAAGGAUGGGUCUAUAGUAUAGAGCCUCCAUACGUCUCAUCUGUGCUCUCCGUGUUCCUUUCCUUUUUUUGAUAUAUGAAAACCUAUUCUGGUCUAAAUUUUGUUACUAGCCUCAAAAUGUAUCAAAAAAUAAGUUAAUCAGGAGCUGUAAGGAAUAUAUUUUUAAAAAUUUUUGUUUGGUUAUAUCGAAAUAGUUACGGGCAUUAAAGUUAGUAAAGACAAGUUUACCAUCUGAAAAGGCUGGAUUUUCUUUAAGAGGCUGAUUAUAAAGGUUUCUAAAUGUUAUCAGUACCUAAGUAAGAUGUAGCACUUUGAGUAUGAAAUCACAGGUGAAGAAAUCAGUGAACUUACUUGCAUACCAAGUUGAUACUUGAGCAACCAUCUGAAAGUGGUACUUGAUAAUUUUUACCAUUAUUUUUAGGAUGUGUAUCUCAUUUAUUUAUGGCCCACAAGUCUCCCCCAAAUUAGUACAGAAACAUCCCUGACAAAAUUACUUAUGUAGGUUUGUACUUGUUUUCACAGCUCCUUGGAAAACUGUGUUAGGAAUAUCUCUAAAAACAUAGAAAACACUACAGUGGUUUAGAAAUUACUAAUUUUACUUCUAAGUCAUUCAUAAACCUUGCCUAUGAAAUGACUUCUUAAAUAUUUAGUUGAUAGACUGCUACAGGUAAUAGGGACUUAGCAAGCUCUUUUAUAUGCUAAAGUAGCAUCUAUCAGAUUAAGUUAGAACAUUUGCUGUCUGCCACAUAUUGAGAUGACACUAGGUGCAAUAGCAGGGAUAGAUUUUGUUGGUGAGUGGUCUCAUGCCUUGAGAUCUGUGGUGGUGUUUAAAAUGGUGGCCAGCCAGACCAAGGAUGUAGUAUCUCAUAGUCCCCAACUAAAUGCUGGCUUUCCACUUUAGGUGAUAUUUUUCUUAUUACAAAAAUAUUAUAACUCAUUUAUUGUUUGACAAUUAUAGAUUGAAAUUUCCUAAUUCUAAAUUUUAAGUGGUUCUUCAGUUUCAGUGCUUUAUGUUGUUUGUUGUUGGUUUGGCAUGGCAUUACAUAUUAUAUGUUCUAGAAACAUGUAAUGCUAAAUUUACCCUCUUGAAUAUGAUCCCUGGAUGAUAUUUUUAUCAUAAAUGCAGAAUAAUCAAAUAUAUUUUAAGCAAGUAAGUGUCCUCCAUCAAUUCUGUAUUCCAGACGUGGGAGGAUGUACAGUUGCUGUUGUGUGAUCAAGCAUGUCUCUGUGUAGUUCCAGCAAAUCAAGCUGAGCUUUGAAAAAGUUUGAGUCUUAGUUUUGUGAAAGUGGUUUAUUCUCAAAAAAAAAAAAAAAAAAGAAAAAGAAAAAGAAAAAAAGAUAAGAAGAAGGAGUAAAGGGACUACUCCUCCUUGCCAAAUGUGCUAAAUAUCAUUUUAGGAGAAGAAAGUGGAUUUAUUGUAUUUCCCCUAAGAUUGUGAGUGAGUGUGGAUACAGUAGAAUGAGCCAACAGUUUCUUUAUAAUAAAUACGGUCUGCAAUAAAUUAUUUCACUAGCUGUAAAACCUUUCCCUAGAUUUUAGUAGGGAGUUGGUUUCUGUUAAUAUCUUUGGGUGCUGUGGUGGUAAAUGCUACAUUAUAAACAGUGGUAUGUAUUUACAGUUAGAGUAUCAUGUGUGCACUUUUUAAUGGUAAACUUAAGCUGAAUGUGUAAUGGAUUUGUCUAUAGUUUUAUAUAUUUGGAAGCAUUUUAAAAUAGGUUUUAAUCUUACAUAAAAUUACUUUUAUACUUGUGUUAACAUUUUCUUCUGUGCCUUUUGGGUAAUUUAAUUUCUGUUAUGAAUUUCUGGUGCCUAUGAGCUAGCUAUCACCUACCUGAAAGGUGCUUAGAGGUGAAGGUACUGUUUCUAAAAACACAUCACUGUGACACCUUUCUAUCCUCACAUUUUCAAGCUUGCCUCUUUUCUGUUCUUUGUGGAUAUAACAUAAGUGAUUGUGUUAUUCAUAAAGAUUUAGAAAUUUCAA